AUGGCGGGCGCUGGUGAGCGCAAAGGCAAGAAGGAUGACAAUGGCAUUGGCACGGCUAUUGAUUUUGUGCUCUCCAAUGCCCGGCUGGUGCUGGGGGUGGGUGGGGCAGCCAUGCUGGGCAUCGCCACACUGGCGGUGAAGCGGAUGUAUGACAGGGCGAUCAGUGCCCCUACCAGCCCCACCCGCCUGAGCCAUUCAGGGAAAAGGAGUUGGGAAGAACCAGACUGGAUGGGCUCCCCCCGAUUGUUGAACAGGGACAUGAAGACAGGCCUGAGCCGGUCCCUGCAGACUCUUCCCACAGACUCCUCCGCCUUUGACACAGAUACAUUCUGCCCACCCCGGCCCAAGCCAUUGGCCAGGAAGGGCCAGGUAGACUUGAAGAAGUCACGACUCCGCAUGUCCCUGCAGGAGAAACUUCUUUCUUACUACCGGAACCGGGCAGCCAUCCCUGCUGGUGAGCAGGCUCGGGCCAAGCAAGCUGCUGUGGACAUAUGUGCUGAGCUCCGGAGCUUCCUGCGGGCCAAGCUGCCUGACAUGCCACUUCGGGACAUGUACCUGAGUGGCAGCCUCUAUGAUGACCUGCAGGUGGUGACAGCUGACCACAUCCAACUCAUUGUGCCCCUUGUGCUGGAGCAGAACCUGUGGUCUUGUAUCCCUGGCGAGGACACUAUCAUGAAUGUCCCUGGCUUCUUCCUGGUUCGUCGUGAGAAUCCCGAGUAUUUCCCUCGUGGCAGCAGUUACUGGGACCGCUGCGUGGUGGGGGGCUACCUCUCCCCAAAGACAGUGGCAGACACGUUUGAGAAGGUCGUGGCUGGCUCCAUCAAUUGGCCGGCCAUAGGGUCUCUCUUGGACUAUGUGAUCCGACCAGCACCACCCCCAGAGGCCCUGACCCUGGAAGUACAGUAUGAGCAUGACAAGCAUCUCAUCAUUGACUUUCUGCCAUCAGUGACCCUUGGUGACACUGUCUUGGUGGCCAGACCACACCGGCUAGCUCAGUAUGACAACCUGUGGCGGCUCAGCCUGCGUCCUGCUGAGACAGCUCGCCUGCGGGCUUUGGACCAGGCCGACUCGGGCUGUCGAUCUCUGUGCCUCAAGAUCCUCAAGGCUGUGUGCAAGUCCACUCCGGCUCUGGGCCCCCUCACUGCCAGCCAGCUCACCAACGUCAUCCUCCACUUGGCCCAGGAGGAGGCUGACUGGUCUCCAGAUAUGCUGGCAGACCGAUUCUUACAGGCCUUGAGGGGACUCAUCAGCUACUUAGAGGCCGGAGUCCUGCCCAGUGCCCUAAGCCCCAAGGUGAACUUAUUUGCAGAGCUCACACCUGAAGAGAUAGAUGAAUUGGGGUAUACUCUGUACUGCUCCUUGUCUGAGCCAGAGGUGCUGCUGCAGACUUAGGGCAGGUGAAGGCAGAGUGGUUGUCAGGCGGUCGGGGACUGGAUUCUCCGUUAGAAACACUUGGCUGCAGAGUUGGUGCGUCACAGGGUCCGUGGGUGCCUCCUGACUCGCUGGUCAUCGCCUUGUUUGCUUCAUGCUGAAUAGCAUGACAUCUGUUUCCUGUUUUCUCACCCAGCCCCUUCUAUUUUUGUUAUCAAACACUGUGGCCCCGACUUCUCCCCUCCCCCUUGCUCCAGGCUAAUUUUUUUCUACUCAGUGUUCUGCGGGUUGGUCCCAGGGUUUCUGCUCCGUCUGUCCUGCCCAUUUCUGCCUGCGCCUUUUUGUGUCUCCCUCUCUUCCUCGUCAUUCCUUCUGUGCUUUUCCCUGGAACACUUACGCCUGAUCAAGAUGUUGCCUUUUAGUUGAAUGUCACUGAAGAGUCACUGCAUGUUUCCAAGAUGAACUCUGCACAGUGCACAGUGAGUGCUCCGACAGUAUUUACAGUAUUUAGGGUUUCUGGGGAUAAAGCUGGCAGAAGAGCCAGCCUUUGAUCGAGGUUCCUGGAAAAGAAGCCCAUUUCCCACCCCCGCUAACUUGUAUUCCUUAGUGCUGGGAAGGUCUCUCAAGGGAGCCUGAACUGACCACACGGGUGUGAGGGAUCAAGAUAAACUGGAUCCAAAAUUAUUUGGAGACUGUUUCUCAGUGGCCAUAAGAAGAGUGUGGAGUAGGGGCAGCAUGGAUGGUGAAGAGGUCCUUGGGAGGAGGAGAGUGCCUCAUGUCCGUGCCUCAUCGUGGCUGCGCCUGCACCACUGUGUGCAGGAGUCAGAUGAGACGGAGGGAAGGGGCCGCAAGGCUAGUGCCUCUGCAGCAGGGCACUGUUCCCUCCCGUCCCUGCCCCACCGCCAGUUAGGAUAGGGCCUUCAAGGACACAGCCUUAGUGUGAGGUUGGAGGGAGGGUGACAGGCAGCUGAACAUCAGCUGGAUGACCCAGUCACCAGUGGGGGCUCAGUGACCAUGUUUCUCUCUGCCAGGCCUAGGAUGCUGCCUUAGGGCAGGAACAGCCCCAGUAGCCAGCCCUUUAUUCCCCAGUGGAGCCAGACGAAUGGAAAAGGAGUGUUUGCUGAACUCCUCAGCCACCUCCAGAGGCCAAAAGGCAAGCAACUCUGCGCAGACCUCUCCCCGUCCUGUCCCUUCCCUGCUCCUGGACAGCACAGGGAUAACGUGCAGGAGAGGGAGGUGGGGACUUCCCAUGUUCCUCCUCGUUUCUGGCUGCUAAAAUUGCACUAUUUAUUGCAAUGUAAAAAGUAUCCUGAGGGUGAGGAGGAGUGUUUAAUACACGGUGUCAGUGCAUCUUCUUGUUCUGUGUUUUUUCCUGUUUAUGGCAAGAAGUUGAUAAUUUCUGAUCUGCCCAGGCAGUAUUUUUUCCCUCUCCUAUCGCGUCUUACUGCUUUAUCUAUUACUACCUCUCCAUCAGAGGAUUCUGGUGAAGCUCUCUGCAACUGUCUCAUUCCUUCCCAAUACAGUGACAUGAAAUGACUUCAAAUAGCUCUGAAACCUCAGUUACCCUUUGAAUUUAGGGUAGAUUCCUGUCCCGUUUUUGUCAUGGAUUAGGAGAUUGAGAACUACACAAUGUAGUUAACUUUGGAUAUAUUUGGAGAAUCCUCCUGCCUCUUCUCUUGUACAUAUGCAAGAGUUCCUUAAAGUGGUUCAGUUGUUUCAUUUGUUUGAAGGUAUUGAGAGAGAAUGAAAAAUGUGAAGCCCAGAACCCUGAGAGACUCUCCACGCUGGUUGUCCAUCAGAGUCAAAAUGGACUUUAAAAAGAUCGAUAUGCUUGAGUGCUACCCUGGUGCUACCCUGGGUGGUUGGUCUGGGGUGGAGCCCAGCAUUGAUGGUUCUGAUGCUUGCAGCUCGUGUCCAUUAGAAGGGAGGAUGAGGGUAGGACUCUCAUAAAGUGUUGCAAAAGCAUGGGUUAUUCUUGAUUGAGGUGAAAAGAUUUGGUUUUCCCAAUGAGAGUAUCAUAAAGCCUACAAUUUUCCCAGGCUGGUGUCUCUGACCAUGUAAAUAUUGUCAUUUAUUUCCAUGUAUUUCCAAAAAUUAAUUCCAUGUAAAAUACUGGAAGGAGAGUUCAAAAGAGAAAAGAUGUAAAAAACUAAGUCCCAAAUUAUCAAAGCCAAGUGUAGCUGCCAUUUGAGUUGAUCACUUCUCUUAAAGAACAUCUUUCUAAGGUCAUCUCUGUCUUUUAACUAUGUUUUACAAAACCAAAAACCAGAACUUUGCCAUUUCACAAACAAGGACCUCCUGGAAGUCCUCAGAACUAGCAGCAGUGGGAAUUCUCAGCCCUGGUCCUGGUGGCUUUGCCGACAGACUGGGCAAGCCUCAUAAAACAUGGAAGACAGGCAAGCGCUUUGAGACUCUUGGAUAGAAAAGGGCAACAUUCUGUGCCCUGCCCCCCCAAACCCUUUAAUCUUUGGGGAAAGAUGUAGUGCCUCUCCCUGCCUUUUCUGCCUUCCUCCUCAGUAUUUAUUGCCCACCUUUAAGGCCUGAAGUAAUAGCAUCUGCUCCUAGUUCUCCAUGUAGAAAUUUCUUUGCAUCAUCUUGGUUAAACUCACAUUGUUAGCCUUGUGCUUAAAAAAUAUACUCAUCAGCUUGAAAACCUAGUCACUUGGAAAGUGUAUUUUGUUUCUCUGUUGCCCCUUCCUAAAAAAUUAGUUCAGGACAACAGUGUAUUUUUUUACACUCUUUGUUGUGACUUUCCUUUCAAAUAAAUAAUCGAAGUUCAUUGCUAAA